AUGGAGUAUAUACUACUAAUAUGGCAACCAGCUAUAGACAGAUCAAUUCCGUUGUUUUUAAAUAAUUCUGGAUCUGGAACUACAACUGUUUCUAUUGCUGAAUGUUCAAGAAUUCCUCGAAUAAUUUUGAACACCUCAGUGAUUCAAGAACUUAAACAAGAACUUAAAUAUAUUUUAACCUUGCCAACCAUCCCAAAUACUAUUGAAGAAAUGAUUAUUGCUCGUUGUUGGUUAGAACACCUAUUUAAAUGUGCUUUUGGUUGCCUCUAUUUCUUUAGAAGUGUAUUCAAUCCAGAAAUGAUUAAUAUAUUAUUUGAUAACGACAAGAUAAUUCCUCUUCAAUUUAACAUUGAAGCUGCUUGCUUACUUGCUUACAAUGGAAUAUUUGAAAAGGAUUUGAAUUUCGUUUCAAACCAUUUAUCAAUUUCUGAAUAUCUUGAUUUCGAUUUUAGAAAUGUUGAUUUUACAGAGCAAAAUACAGAUAUUUUAUUCAAUAUGUUAAUUAAUGAAGGCAAUAAAAUACCAGGAAUUAAGUUUACUAGUUAUAAGCUAGCAAGGCUUCAUGAUCUUAUUACAGAAUAUAUAGCAACAUCGGAGGAUUGUUCAAAAAUAAUAUCCAAUAUUCUUUUUCGAUUUGACAAUUCGCCACCUUUUAAAUUAAGUGAAAGAGCAGAAAAUGUUGAAAUUAAGCAAGUGGAUGACAAAAAAUAUACGAAUUAUCAAAUCACCAAUAUUUACAAUCCAAAAGUGAAAUUUGCAUUCCGCAAUAAACAAUCAAGUGCUCCAUGGGUAUUUUACAAUGAUGUUAAAAUUAAAAGAAUUUAA